CGACGUGUUGUUAUAACAAGUUUUUCAAUGCAUUAGAAAAUCAAAUCAUUGUUUCAAACAUUACUACAAAUAAAAAUUAUGCAAAACUUGUCGUUGUAUCUGGGGAUCAGCUGUUUGGUUGGCUGUCUGGUGAUUGUCAGCCACGGGGCCGCCGAAGGAGACGCCACCGACGUUAAGACCAAACUGAAAAUCAAUGGACCAAAAGUAACAGAUAUGGUAUACUUUGACAUCAAGAUCGGCGACGAAGAGGUGGGCCGUAUUGAGAUCGGACUGUUCGGCAAAACGGUUCCCAAGACUGUCAAGAAUUUUGUCGAGUUGUGUACCAAACAUAACACAGAGCCAUCAACUGAUGGAAAGUUAGCCGGAUUUAAGGGCAGUAUAUUUCACAGAGUUAUCAACGACUUUAUGAUACAAGGCGGUGACUUUACCAGAGGCGAUGGAACCGGUGGCCGAAGUAUUUAUGGCGAAAAGUUUGCCGACGAAAACUUUAAGCUAAAACAUUACGGCGCCGGUUGGCUGUCGAUGGCCAACGCCGGCAAAGAUACUAAUGGUUCGCAGUUUUUCAUUACAUGUAAGAAGACUUCGUGGCUCGACGGCCGACAUGUUGUGUUCGGCAAAGUUCUCAAAGGAAUGCCGUUAGUCAGAAAAAUAGAGUCAACAAAAACGAAAGAUAACGACAAACCCGAUAAAGAUGUAAUGAUUGCCGAUUGCGGAAUACUUCCAGUGACCGAACCGUUUGCAGUGGCCAAAGAGGACGCACUUUUAUAAGUAAUUUAUUAUCAUCAAUAGAUUCAAAAAAAUUAAUAAUAAUAAACGAAACAUUUUUUUAAAUAAUAUAUUUAUUUGUAAUUUUAUAUUCAAAAAAGUUUAUCAAUCAAUUUAUUUAAUUUGACAAUCAAUCAAUUUAUCCGUAAUUUUUUAUUAAAGGCA